AUGGCCGCCGCUGGGGAAGACAAGAACAAUGAUUUGUAUGCUGUUUUGGGGUUGAAGAAAGAAUGCACUGCUGCAGAGCUCAGGAAUGCUUACAAGAAGCUAGCACUGAGAUGGCACCCGGAUCGGUGUUCGGCGUCGGGGAAUUCAAAAUACGUGGAAGAAGCGAAGAAGAAAUUUCAGGCCAUUCAAGAAGCCUACUCUGUCCUUUACGACGAGAACAAAAGGAUUUUGUACGACGUAGGAUUUUAUGAUAGUGAUGAUGACGAAAACGGAAUGGGGGAAUUUUUAAACGAAAUGGCAACUAUGAUGAGCCAAAACAAGCCCAAUAAAAAUGGAGAAGAAAGCUUUGAGGAUUUGCAAGAGCUGUUUCAUGAAAUGUUUCAAAGCGACAUCGAGGCCUUUGGUUCCUCUUCUCAUGCUAGAAACCCUUCUUCGUGCUCUUCUUCUUUGUUUGCAAGUUGCGGUGAAAGCUCCAAGGCCGCCAACAAGCGAAAUUCCUCUGACAUGAACUCUGGGAAAAUCAAGAUUGAGGAUUCUCCUGGCUUUGAUGCCCACUUUCAAGGAUUUUGUAUGGGGGCGGUUCAUCAGGAAGAUUUCAUCAAGGGGAAAAGAGUAGGAGGAAUCCCCGGAAGGGCCGGGCAUACAGGAGGACUAGCAGGAAGCAGAAAGUGUCAUCUGGUCAUGAUGUAUCUCUUCUCCACAGAGUAUUCUAGUAUUUCUGCUUGA